AUGGCUAAAAGAAAAUCAAAGUCGAAGAGACGUGAUAAGGAGGAAUCGGACCCAAUUGAAUUACUCAAGAGAACUGCUACUGCAAUUAAUCGUGAUCCUCAAGCAUUCACAUCUGCAUUUCCAUUGAGCAGUUUUAAAACACCUUAUGUUGAUUCAAGUAGAUGGGCAGAAGUUGAAAGGAUUGGCAAAACUGAUAAUCAACCAAAUGAAUUUAAAAAGAAUCCUGGAGAAGUCCUAGCGGAAGAUCUUACAUAUGAUAUUUAUGCAAACAAGCAUGAUCCUUAUCCCGCUUGGAAUCCACCAGAACAAGUUCCAAUAACCAAAGAAGCAAUAGAAGCUAUAUUUUUACAAUUGACAACUAUAUUUGGAUUCCAAUUUGAUAACACCAGAAAUAUGUUCGACUACUUGUUGCGUUUGUUGGAUUCUAGAGCUUCUAGGCUUGGUCCUACUCAGGCGCUAAAAUCUGUCCAUGCCGAUUAUAUUGGUGGCGUCAAUGCUAACUUCAGGAAGUGGUAUUUCGCUGCUCUGUUAGAUAUAGAUGAUGCAAUUGGAUUUGAUAACGUUACCAAAAGUGGAAGGGUUAAAGACUCAAAUGAGUACGUCUCCUUAUUGGAGGAAGCAGAAGAACAAUGGUCUACAAAUAUGUUAACGCUUUCUCCUACAGAUUGUGUAAUUCAAUUGGCCUUGUAUCUUUUAGUUUGGGGAGAGGCCAAUAAUAUAAGAUUCAUGCCUGAAUGUAUUUGUUUUAUUUUCAAGUGUUGCAAUGAUUACUACUUUUCAAUAGAUCCUGAUAUUCCUGUUACGACCGUCACCCGGAGUUUCCUUGACCAUAUAAUCACCCCGCUCUACGAUUUUUAUAGAGAUCAAUCUUAUGUUCUUGUUGAAGGAAAGUAUCAUAGACGUGAUAAGGAUCACGAAUCCGUGAUUGGGUAUGAUGACAUGAAUCAACUUUUCUGGUACAGCAAAGGACUUGAACGUUUAGUAUUAUCUGAUAAGAAAACCAAGUUGAUGACACUUCAACCACAUGAGAGAUAUGAAAAAUUGAACGAAAUCUUGUGGCACAAGGCAUUCUAUAAAACAUUUAGGGAAAGACGAAGUUGGUCUCACGUGCUUGUCAAUUUUAACAGAGUUUGGAUUAUUCAUGUUUCGGUAUUUUGGUACUACACUCUAUUUAACUCGCCAACAUUGUACACCAAGAACUAUCAACCUCAUGUGGAUAAUCAACCAACCAAUCAGGCACGCCUUGCUGUCCUUUCGCUUGCUGGUUCUGUUGCAAUCCUCAUUUGUAUGUUUAGCUUGAUUCUUGAAUUAUCCUUUGUCCCCAGAAAGUGGGCUGGUGCACAAACUGUUAUUAAGAGGUUGUUUUUCCUUUUCUUAUGUUUGCUAAUCAACACUGGGCCAACGGUAUAUUUAUUUCUUAUGUACCCAUUGAAUAUUGAAGAUACGAUUGGGUUAGUCAUAGCAUCAUUCCAGUUUGCCUUUUCCAUAUUGGUUGUAAUGUAUUUAUCUAUUGUUCCGUUGGGAAAAUUAUUUACAAGAACUGCCAGAGAAAACGAUCGGCGUUAUCUUCCAACACAAUAUUUUAUUACCAACUUUUAUCAACUCACGGAAAGUGACAGGAUUGCUUCUUAUGGUUUGUGGUUUGCAAUAUUUGUUUCCAAGUUUAUUGAAUCUUAUUUCUUCCUUACACUUUCUAUGCGGGAUCCUGUUCGAGAGCUUAGUGUGAUGAAAAUGACCAGAUGCGCGGGAGAGAACGUUAAAGCAAAGUUGCUUGUAUCACAAGUCUGGAAUUCAAUUGUCAUUUCAAUGUAUCGUGAACAUUUGAUUUCCUUGGAACAUGUCCAGAAACUUAUCUACAAACAGAUUGAUACUCCUGGGAUUGAAGGUGGAUCAGUGUUGAAAGAGCCAAUUUUCUUUGUUUCUCAAGAAGAUCAAUCGAUAAAAUCUUCCUUAUUUCAGGACCAAUCAGAAGCUCAAAGGAGGGUUACAUUUUUCGCCCAAUCAUUGUCUACCCCUAUGCCAGAAGUUGGACCUGUCCAGUUGAUGCCUUCGUUUACCGUGUUAAUUCCCCACUAUGGUGAAAAGAUUACCCUUUCAUUACGUGAAAUUAUUAGAGAAGAAGAACAAUAUUCUCAUGUGACCAUGUUGGAAUAUUUGAAGCAACUUCACCCAAUUGAAUGGAGCUGUUUUGUUAAAGAUACUAAAAUGUUGGCCGAAGAAUUCGAAACUGACUCAUCAUCUGCAGAAUUUCGCAAGGAAAAGCUCGACGAUCUUCCAUAUUAUUCAGUCGGUUUUAAGAUUGCAACACCCGAAUAUAUCCUUCGUACCAGAAUUUGGGCAUCUCUCAGAUCCCAGACUCUUUAUAGAACUAUAUCUGGUUUUAUGAAUUACUCCAGGGCAAUUAAAUUGUUGUUUGAUGUUGAAAACCCAAACCUGGCUGGCUUCCAAAAUGAACAGGAAAAGUUGGAACAAGCUUCCAUAAUGGCACAUAGAAAAUUUAGAAUAAUAACAUCAAUGCAAAGAUUAAAAUAUUUCACUCAAGAAGAAAAAGAGAAUACUGAAUUUUUGUUGAGAGCAUAUCCUGAACUUCAAAUUUGUUAUCUUGAUGAAGAAGUUGAUGAAGCCACGGGAGAAGUUGUAUACUUCUCAUCCUUAGUUGACGGAAGCUGUGCAAUUAUGGAAAAUGGUGAACGGGAGCCAAAAUAUAAAAUCAGAUUGUCUGGAAAUCCAAUUCUUGGUGAUGGAAAAUCUGAUAAUCAGAAUCAUUCUUUGAUCUUUUGUAGGGGAGAAUAUAUUCAAUUAGUUGAUGCCAAUCAAGAUAAUUAUUUGGAAGAAUGUCUUAAAAUUAGAAGUGUUUUGGCUGAGUUCGAAGAAGCUACAUUUCCUAUUGAUCCAUAUGCGAAGGAUCUCAAAAAUACUGAGAUGGCAUAUCCUGUCGCAAUAAUUGGAACAAGAGAGUAUAUUUUUUCUGAGAAUAUUGGGAUACUUGGUGAUGUAGCUGCUGGAAAAGAACAGACUUUUGGUACUUUGUUUGCGAGAACAUUGGCUCAUAUUGGUGGUAAAUUGCAUUAUGGUCAUCCAGACUUUUUGAAUGGAAUCUUUAUGACAACCAGAGGUGGUGUAUCCAAGGCACAAAAAGGUCUUCAUUUGAAUGAAGAUAUAUAUGCUGGUAUGAAUGUUGUUUUGAGAGGUGGUAGGAUUAAGCAUUGUGAAUAUAUGCAAUGUGGUAAGGGAAGAGAUUUAGGAUUUGGUUCCAUCUUGAACUUCACUACUAAGAUUGGGGCAGGAAUGGGAGAACAAAUGCUAUCUAGAGAAUAUUUCUACUUGGGAACACAAUUGCCAUUGGAUAGAUUCCUAUCAUUUUAUUAUGCACAUCCCGGUUUCCAUUUGAAUAAUGUCUUUAUCAUGCUUUCCAUUCAGUUAUUUCUCCUCGUGGUCGCAAACCUCGCUGCUUUGACCAAUGAAUCUACAAUUUGUGAAUACGAUAGAUAUAGACCAAUAACUGACCCAAGAAGACCUGUUGGUUGUUAUAACUUAAUACCAGUUGUUCAUUGGUUGGAAAGAUGUAUUUUUUCCAUUUUCAUUGUGUUUGUCAUUUCAUUUGUCCCUUUGGGUGUGCAAGAACUUACGGAACGGGGAUUCUAUAAAGCAAUAACAAGACUUGGAAAACAAUUUGCAUCAUUUUCACCUUUAUUUGAAGUAUUUGUUUGUCGAAUUUAUGCACAUUCCUUGGUGAGUGAUAUUUCCAUUGGUGGUGCAAGGUAUCUUGCAACUGGUCGUGGUUUUGCAACAAUUCGGGUUCCAUUUUCUACUCUUUAUUCAAGAUUUGCUGUGGAGAGUCUUUAUUAUGGUUCAUUAUGUGGUCUUUUGAUAUUUUAUGGGUCUAUAUCUAUGUGGAAAUUACUGUUAUUAUAUUUCUGGAUCACGAUUAUUGGGUUAAUGAUUUGUCCAUUUUUGUACAAUCCCAAUCAAUUUUCGUGGAAAGAUUUCUUUUUGGAUUAUAAGGAAUAUCUUAGAUGGUUAUAUCGAGGAAAUAGUAAACCACGGAUAUCAUCUUGGAUAAAUUUCACUAGACUUAGAAGAAGUCGGAUUGUGGGUGUAAAAAGCAAGAGAUAUAGUUUGAAUGAAGAGAUUAAAGUUGUGAGUGAAGUGAAACCCUCGAGAUUUAGUUUAGUGAUAUCCGAAUCAUUACAACAAUUAGGUGCAAUAUCGGUGGUAGCAUUCGCUUAUUUGUUUUCCAAUUCCCAAAAUGAUGCAAGAGGCACAUAUCCAGUGAAUAGCAUUUUGAGAAUGCUUAUAGUUACUUUUGGUCCUAUUGUGGUCAAUUUUGCAAUAUUAUUGGCUUGCUUUGUCAUUUCUGCGAUAUGUGGACCGUUAUUAACCUUGUUCUGCAAGAAGUUUCCAUCUUUUGUUGCAGCAUUUGCUCAUAUCCUUGCAUUAAUUAAUCAUGUAUUCUUUUUUGAAUUAUUGUGGAUGUUACAAAAUUGGAAUUUUUCAAGAACAAUACUUGGGUUUGCCUUAUCUGUAUUGAUUCAACGCUGGUUUUUACAAAUGAUUACUAUUCUAUUUAUUUCAAGAGAGUUCAGACAUGAUAGAUCAAAUCGUUCAUGGUGGUCUGGAAAAUGGGCAACUGCCGGAUUGGGUUGGUAUAUAAUCACUCAACCAUUGAGAGAAACUAUUUGUAAAUUGACGGAAUUGUCCUAUUUUGCUGGGGAUUUGGUUGCAGCUCAUUUAAUAUUAUAUGCUCAAAUUCCAAUAUUGCUUAUUCCAUAUGCUGAUAAAUGGCAUACAUUGAUGUUAUUUUGGCUUAAACCUGGUAAUCAAAUUAGACCUAGAAUCCUAUCAAAGAAGCAAAAGAGGAAAAGAAGAUUUCAAGCUAAUUUAUACCUUAUAUUAUUUUUGUUUGGAUUGAUUUUAUUUUCUAGCAUAUUUGCAGUUCCUAUCAUAGUCAACAAGUACUUGGAUAUUGAUUUCGAACUGUAUGCUCCUUCGAUAAUGCAUCCUUUGUUUCAGCCAUAUAUUCUUUCAACGAGUAGAAAGGGAUUGCUUAAAAGUUUAGAAAUCAGGCAUUACUAA